CAACUGAUUGUCGAUAUGCUUGAGCAUAACAUACGUUUAUCUCGUGCCAUCCGCCGUAACGCAUCAACUAGCGCGAGGAUUCGGCACGGUGAGAUCGAGGGCCAGGCGACAGCGCCGCGAGUAAAGCCAACUGAAGACACGGCAGCACAGUUGCUGGAUUCGUAUCUUGCAACUGCUACGCAGAGCAUCUGGCAAUGGCAACGAACGCAAAAUGUUGGAAUCUGGCUUCGAGAGGAAGUGGCGAAUUUGUCGAAGAAAGCUACAGGAAGUGGAGCAUCGCAAGUUUGGUCACUGCUUUGUGUUGGCAAAACUGAAGAAGCAAUUCGUGUUGCCGGUGAGGAGGGUAUGACGAUGCUGUCUUUGAUGAUAUCUGCAACGCUCUCAUCUGAACAUGUGGGACGGAAAGAUUGCGCCAAAGUAGUAGAACUGUGGGAAAUGGAUGGAGAAUUUGGAAUGAUGGAAGAGGAUUUGGUCAAGAUUUACUUGGUGUUAGCAGGAAGAUCGCAUGCGGAGUUUCUUCGCAAAGGAAAGAUGAUCAAACUAAAUUGUCUGGAGGGUCUAGAUUGGCGUCAGGCCUUUGGAAUUCAUCUUUGGUAUAUCAAUUGCGGAGGUUUCCUGGAAGAUGCCAUCGACUCUUUUAGCGAUGAUUUAGCGGCAGGAAGAGCAAAAUCACCUGAAAUGCAUGUCUAUGAGCAGUUAAUCCGCUUGGCAUGUUCACCAAGUCAUCAAGUUGAAGCGGUUCUUGACGCUGCAGCAAUGCUCAGCCCAAAUCCUCUAGAUGCGCAGCUUAGCUGGCACCUGUGGUCGGUGCUUAGAGCGCUCGGUUACCGUACCAUGACACCAGCUGCUGAACAACGUCUACAUAUGUCAUAUGCUACUCAACUUUCAUCGUUGGAACUCUGGCAUCUAGCAAUUUUUGUUCUUAGCCAUAUUAGUCAUGACCAGUGUCGUUCCAUUGCUAUACGUGAAGUUCUCGACCGCAUGGCAUUGACUGCUCGUACCCAGCACUAUGAGAAGAUCUUAGCCAUCUGCGAUAUUCCGAAUGAGUGGAUUUCUUCAGCGAAAUUUAUAAAAGCCAAGUCCCAAGGAAAUUUCGAGGCGGCUUGUUCACAUGCUUUAUCUGCUGGAAACUAUGAUGCUGCCUUACAACUAUUCGCCAACGAAGUAGCACCAAAUGCCAUAGCUAUGGGCGAUCUACAACGAUUACGGCCACUUGCUGAAAAAAUGGAGAAAGCCGCUGAUAAGAUUACGGUAAUAUGA